GCGAGCAAGGGAGGCGCCGACCCCAGGAGGUAUCGCCGCGCCGCCGCCGCCGCCGUGGUACCAUGGGGCUGACCCGAUCCCGUCGUGGUACGUCGAUUGCGCCGGUGGCCAAGAGAAAGCGCUCGCCCUGUCAACAAGAAGACGAUGCUCGUCAAGCCUCCAAAAGGAGGAGGCAUUCAGUGCCAGAGCUUCCAGAGGACAUAUGGGAUCGUAUCCUUUCCUUGCUGCCCCUGCGGGAUGCUGCUCGAGCUGGUUGUGUAUCUCGCGCGUUGUUAAGUUCCUGGACACGCCGUCCCAACCUCACCUUCACAGAGGAAACACUCGGCCUGGCUGGAAAUGCAUGUCGAAAACCUGAACUUGCACGAACUUUCCAAAACAGAGUUUACCGCGUUUUGAAAAAACACUCGGGCGUUGGUGUGAAGACAUUCAAGCUUCAUCACUGUGGUUCUGGUUUCAACAUUCGUGAUCUGAACAGGUGGCUUCAGAUUGCAGUUACUCCGGGGAUUGAAGAAGUCGUACUUUCAGUACCAAUGCACCGGAGAAAGUACAAAUACGGGCCUCACUACGGGUACGAAUGGGUGUCUUACAACUUCCCCUGCUCAGUUUUUUCCAACGGGAGUGGAAACUCGAUUCGACAUCUUCACCUCGCCAGUUGUGCCUUCCACCCUGUUGCCGGACUUGCUCGCUUGACAAGGCUGCAUCUGUUUAAGGUGGACAUUACAGGAGAUGAGUUAGGGUGCUUCCUUUCUAAUUCUUUUGCUAUGGAGGAGCUGAAUCUCACUAAAUGCGGUAACGUCAUUCACCUGAAGAUACCUUGCCUGCUACACAGGCUCAACUGCCUGGCGGUGCUACAGUGCGUAGCUCUAAAAGUGAUAGAAAAUAAAGCUCCAAAUCUUUGGAUUGUUCGCAUCGAUAGCCAACCAGAGAAAGUUCCAGUUGGAGAUGUACUGCAAGUGAAGGACCUCCAAAUGCAGGAUUGUUACGAAUCUAACCUCGUUCAUUAUGCUCGUGCCAAGCUUCCGUCCAUUAUGCCAAAUCUUGAAACCCUCAGCCUAGAAUCGACCGGGGAGGUUUUCAAUACGCCAAUCUUGCCUGUCAAAUUCCUCUACCUCAAGAACUUGCGUAUUUUUCUUCAUGAUCGAGGGAUGAAGGGCUUUUCCCCAGGCUACGAUUAUUUUUCUCUCGUUUCUUUUCUGGAUGCUUGUCCUGUCUUGGAGAAUUUUAUCUUGGCUGUAUUACAGGCUAGCGUAAGGCAUGAAUUGAUUUCCGGAGACCUGCAUCUGAGGCAGAUGCCUGAACACCAGCAUGGCAACAUCAAGAAUGUGACGAUCAAGGGCUUCUGCGCUGCAAAGAGCAUGGUCGAGCUAACCUGUCAUAUUCUUGAGAAUGCAACAUCACUCGAGUGCCUUACGUUGGACACCAUAUGUGAUAAUGGCUCUGAAGACCUUGAUAGGACUUUUGACGACGGAAUCGCUAGAUGCUACACAGUGUUAAACUGGCGUAUGCUCGACGAAGGCUAUAGAGGGCUCAGGGCUAUCGAAAGAUACAUUGUGGGGAAAGUUCCCUCUACAGUCAAGCUAAAUGUUAACAAGCUCAGCAGCCGUCGCUAUGCUAUAAAAUCGCAUGAACAAAGUUAUGGCAAUUAUAUUUUCUGGUAAUGUUAAAUGUUGCGUUGAUAGGAUCUCGUAACUUGAAUCUAUUGUUUGAAUGUUGAAAAAUUACAUAGGCCAUGGUUUAUUUAUUUAUUUUUGUAAAACGAACAUAAUUGUGAGUGUUCUGUUAUGUAAUACUAAUACACAUAUCGUUGUGAUCAAACUGUGAAUAUGCUACUUGCCUCCUUUGCAGAACAGAGCUUUAGACACAGGACACAGGCAGAGCCGGUGAGCGGGAGGUUUCAUGGUUUGAGCACGCACUAGGCUACAGACUUUGCUGGCUUAGAAAGUCUCCCUGGAUAUGAAGACGACCAUAGUACAGGCUUGUCAUCAUUGAGUUCCUCCAUUGCUGCAAAGAUGAAACGGGGAGGAGAUACAUUUUAUUAAAGAAAAGACACCCUUAGAUCUGAUCAAUAUCAUUGGAAAUCAUACUAGCCUUCUUCUUCCUCCUAUUACUAGACAGUAAAGAAAAGGGACAUCUGCAAAGACCCCUUGUUGUACCAGGAUUUGAAGACUGCAAUAGUCACUGGCUCCUUGAGACGAGAUCUACAAAUGGCUGAAGCAACAUCAGUUGGAGCAUCACUCAACGCAAUACACACUUGCAAUCGAUCACCAUCAGUUCAGAGGGUUCUAGAAGCUAGACCAUGCCACAGAACAACACGAAAGAAGAUGCCAUAGUCGCCGCACCAAUAGCCAGCCAAUAUCUCUCCUUGAAUGACACAUCGUCUGCCAAGAUCUAAAAGGAGUCAAUAGUCUGGGGACACAGACUCUCACAUGCCUUCGUAGGCGCCGGAUUGGGCAUCGAGGUAGGCAGAGACCAUAGAGACCUUAUUCCAACACGCCAUCGCUGCCACUACAUCGUCGACGUCGUCAGGGAAACAAAAGCCUAAGAAAUAGGAUACAAGACGGACUGGUCCC